UAGCAGACUGGAUGAAGACAGCACCCUUGGCUACCUUGAUGAUAUUUCUUCUUAUGGCAUGGCUGCAUAUCCAUCAUACUAUGGAGCAGUCCAUGGAGAAAGAGGUGCAAUUGCAUAUCAACCCAAUAGGUUUGUCCUGGAGAGAGUCGCUCGAGUUGCUAGAUUUAGGUCUUCACAAAAUGUGGUGAAUGUGGAGGACUAUGGUGCUAAAGGUGAUGGAACUGACGGUACUGAGGCAUUUGAAGAGGCCUGGAAGGAAGCUUGCUCCUCUUCUACUUCAGCUGUCCUCAUGGUGCCUGAGAACAAGAACUACCUACUUAAGCCAAUCACCUUCUCUGGCCCUUGCAAAUCUGAUGUUUCACUGAUGAUCAAAGGAACAAUUGAAGCAUCUUCAGACCAAUCAGAUUGGAACGGAAAGAACGGCAGACACUGGAUCCUAUUCAGUGGCAUCCAAAAUCUUUAUGUGGGUGGUGGUGGAAACAUUAACGGCAACGGGAAGAUAUGGUGGCAAAACUCUUGCAAAAUCAAUAAAUCACUUCCUUGCAAGAAUGCCCCAACGGCCCUGACCUUUUACUCUUGUGACAAAUUGACGGUGGAGAACUUGAACAUUAAAGAUAGCCAACAGAUUCAUGUAUCGUUUGAGAGAAGCACCAAUGUUGAUGUUUCAAGCCUCACCAUCACCGCUCCAGAGUCGAGUCCAAAUACUGAUGGCAUUCACGUUACCGAGACCAAAAAUAUACGGGUAACAAAUUGUGUUAUCGGGACUGGUGAUGACUGCAUAUCUAUCGAAAGUGGGUCUCAAAAUGUGAACGCUACAAAUAUAGUCUGUGGACCAGGCCACGGAAUCAGUAUUGGAAGUUUAGGAGAUCAUGGCUCGAAAGCCCAACUCUCGAAUGUGAUUGUGGACACGGCACAACUGAAAGGAACCACAAAUGGUGCCAGGAUCAAGACCUGGCAGGGAGGACGCGGCUAUGCAAAGAAUAUUGUAUUCCAAAAUUUCGUUAUGCAUGAAGUGAAGAACCCUAUAAUUAUUGACCAAAAUUAUUGUGAUUCAAAAACGCCAUGCAAACAACAGACUUCAGCUGUGGAGGUAAGCAAUAUAAAGCUGACUCAAGUGGAUCAACAUGAUGAUGGUGGUGAAGAAUCAGAAGCGGAGAUCUCAAUAUUUACUUAUUCUGCUCGUGAAUUUGAGUACGAGAUUCAUCGGGCAGAUUAUGCGGAGUACGUCGUUGCGCGGGACGACGAUGACCCAUCCACUCAGCCCCUCUUUGACCUUGAGAGAUGGCUCAAGGUCAUCGGAGGGGUGAGUAGGAGCCGGAUUAUAGAAUUCGGCUACAGCUUCGACUCUUCAGUGGCUCGAUACUCUUCGACAUUCUCACAGGCCUCGACGUCCUAG